AUGGAGGAGACUGAGGAUGAUGAGAUUGGACUAGAAGUCAGGGUCGUGGUGAAAAGGUUGAAGGACUAUAAAGCCGUGGGAGAUGAUGGAAUUCCGAAUGAGGUUUGGAAGUACGGAGGAGAAAGAGUAUUGGUGGAACUUUGGAGGAUCUGCCAAAGGAUCUGGCAUGGAGAGAAGUGGCCAGAGGAUUGGAAAAAUGGUGUGAUUGUACCUAUAAGGAAGAAAGGAGAUGGAACUAAGGUUGAAGACUAUAGAGGGAUAACAAUUACUCAGACGGCAUAUAAGGUCUAUGUUGGAAUUCUGGAAAGGAGGUUAAAGAUGGAGGUGGAGGGAAAUGGACUAUUGCCUGAAUCACAGGCAGGAUUCAGAGAGGGGAGAGGAACUAUCGAUAAUAUACGUCCUGAACUACCUGAUCAAUCGUGA